GCCGGCGGCCCCUAACCUCUUCUCCUCUCCCUGGCGACUGGCGAGGGAGGAUCCAGAUCCACUCGAUCGUGGCUGCGGCGGCCACGCACCGGCAGAGGAAUCCUCCUCCUCCGACACCAUCGCCUACGCGCCCUCCUCCUUCAACCCCCUAGUCCCCUGCCGCGUCCAGCCUCCACAUACACCCCUCCUCGCGCCCGACCGAAAGCCUAGCCAGCGGGCGGCCAUGGCGGACGAAGCUGCCGCACGCCGGAGGUGCAGCGCAGGCCUCUCUCCUCCAAGACCCUGACAAUGUUUGCUUGGUGUGUGGAGAGGGCCAAAGGACAAGAUGCUUCAAUCCGGCGAGGACAGAGCCAAAGGACCAAAGUUUGUUCAUCUGUUGCCAAGUUUGGUACCAUCCCGUGGGGAGGGCCAGGGACAAGCUGCUCCGAUCCGGCCAGGAUGCCCACCAUCUAUUGUUGCCAAGGCCUUGAGGUUAAGCCUAACCAGUCCGUCAAUGUUUCACCUGAUGACGAGCACUUUCUCCAUCUCUCCCAGGGUGCCCUUGGUGAAGUGAAGAAGGAUGACAAGGCAACCAUGUUCGUCAAGAUCGGCGACCAGAAGUUAGCCAUCAGGACCCUCUCUACUGACAAGUUCCCUCAGAUUCAGUUCGACCUCGUCUUUGAGAAGGAGUUUGAGCUGUCACACAAUUCCAAGACAUCCAGCCUGCUAAGGGAGAUGAAUAUCCUUUUCUAUAGUAGUAAGAAUGUGUCUUCUUCUUCUUACGUCAAGUACACAUUUACAUGUCUUAUGUACAAUACUACUUGAGUCUUGUUUCCUUGAGCUGCCUUUUCUCCUGCUUCCAUGAUGGAUUUUUAUUCCGAGGAUGAAUCUAAGGAGGAGGAAGAGAAGAUCAUCCCAGCACUCACCAAGGAAAAUGGAGCUCUAGGCUGAAGAAUUUGGAUGAUGGGAAGGCUUCAUCUUUGUAGCUAAUUAUAUGUUCGUGCGUGAUUAAAAAUAUGUACUGGUUGUAAUAUACUACUACAUAGCAGUACUUUUGAAGCUGUUCUAAAUUCUUGGAUGAUGUGAACUAUGGCAUGCUUGUAAUAUAUAUAUAGGACGCCCA